ACAACAACAACAACCGCAACAACAGUAACAACUGCAACAGCAUCAUCAAUAUCCAGCAUCAUUAUUAAAGGCUGACCCAAUUGCGAGUGCAACAGUUUCGAGUGUAAACCAACAAAUAAAUAAAGAUAAAUAAAUUGAAAAGUUUGAGUGUUCGACACAAGUGCAGCUAAGGAUUUACGCGAUCGUCUUCAAGUAUUAACAAAAAUAACAAUCAAUACUCUACAAACUUUUUUUCAAUGUGCAAUUAAAACUGAAUUACACUCACACCACAUAUCACACCCACCUACACACACUUACACACGCACACACACAUACAGACAGCUGCCGUUGUUGUCAUUGGUUUUGAAAUUUUUCUGCACGCGCGUUUCCAAGAAAAGCCGCCAAAAUUCUUGAUAAAGUGGCCUCAAUAGGCGCCAACACGCUCAAUUUUACGGAUCUAGGGAGCCCCUACGAGGGGCCUCCCAGCACCCCACAAUCGGGCAUGGAUGCGCCGGACGCACCACAUACGCCCAAAUAUAUGGACGGUGGCAGCACCUCAGCCGCCAGCAUCACGCCCGGCGUUCAAAUACCGGGCAAGUCCGCCUUUGUGGAGCUGCAGCAACAUGCCGCCGCCGGUUACGGCGGCAUACGCAGCACCUACCAGCAUUUUGGUCCACAGGGCGGUCAGGAUUCGGGUUUUCCGAGUCCACGCAGCGCCCUCGGCUAUCCGUUCCCGCCCAUGCAUCAGAAUUCCUACUCUGGCUAUCAUUUAGGCAGCUACGCGCCGCCCUGCGCAAGUCCGCCCAAGGAUGACUUUUCAAUCUCCGACAAAUGCGAGGACUCCGGCCUACGCGUCAAUGGCAAGGGCAAGAAAAUGCGCAAGCCACGCACCAUUUACAGUUCACUGCAGCUCCAGCAACUGAAUCGACGUUUCCAACGCACCCAAUAUCUGGCUCUGCCCGAACGUGCUGAGCUUGCAGCGAGUUUGGGCCUAACGCAAACGCAGGUGAAAAUCUGGUUCCAGAACCGUCGUUCCAAGUACAAAAAGAUGAUGAAGGCCGCUCAGGGUCCGGGCACCAACAGCGGCAUGCCACUGGGCGGCGGUGGACCCAAUCCUGGUCAGCAUAGUCCUAAUCAAAUGCACAGCGGCGGUAAUAACGGCGGUGGCUCAAAUAGCGGCUCACCCUCACAUUAUCUACCUCCCGGACAUAGUCCAACGCCAUCAAGUACGCCUGUGUCUGAGUUAUCACCCGAAUUUCCACCCACGGGUCUUAGUCCGCCAACGCAAGCGCCAUGGGAUCAGAAACCGCAUUGGAUUGAUCAUAAGCCACCACCGCAAAUGACACCACAGCCACCUCAUCCAGCGGCGCCGCAUCCGCAAUCGCACCACCACAAUCCGCCGCCCCAAAUGGGCGGUUAUGUGCCCCAGUAUUGGUAUCAGCCCGAGACGAAUCCAUCAUUACUUACCGUGUGGCCGGCGGUUUAACAGCACCCGAACCAGCUGCACCCGCCGCCCUGCGCUGCGUGGUCAUCACAGUCCGCGCAUUCGCAAUCCUACGAGGCAAGGCCCUGCGCCGAACUGAAUCUGCACCACAAUCAUCAUCAUCAUCACAAUGAUGCGGUUUUCGUGGGCGAUGGCGAAAGGGUCGCGACGGGUCAGUGAAUGUCACACACACACACACACACACACAAACAAACAACACACAACUACAAAUCUUAGCCAAUAAUUGAAUAUUAAUUGAGCAUUGAUUGAGGAUCAUAUAUAACAGAACAUUGUAAAAUAUUAAUUAAUAUGAAGCAGUUGAUAGGCCGUAAAACAUUUUGUAUAUUUAAAUUUUAAAAUGUGAAUGAGUCGUUUUAAAGUUAGUCUCUUUAAGAAAUAAUACCUAUUAAAACAAAAUACAUAAAAUAAAAAUAAACUUACACACACACAAACACACACAGACAGACAUUCCUCAAUAUUGUUUUGUCCGAGUAUGAAACGUGUCCUUUACCUUGUUUAUAUAUUUUUUGUAAACUAUAGCU